AUGAAGUUCUCGUCCAUCGCCUCCGGCCUUCUGGCCCUCGGCGCCUCCUUCGCGAGCGCCGCCGAGAUGGUCAAGCGUGCCUCGCUCCAGCAGGUCACCAACUUCGGCUCCAACCCCUCUGGCGUCAAAAUGUACAUCUAUGUCCCCAACAAGCUUGCUACCAAGCCCGCCAUCAUCGUUGCCAUCCACUACUGCAGCGGCACUGCUUCGGCUUACUACCAGGGCACUCAGUAUGCUCAGUUGGCUGAGACAUAUGGCUACAUUGUCAUCUACCCCGAGUCUCCCUACAGCGGCACUUGCUGGGAUGUUUCGUCGCCGGCCUCUCUCACCCACAACGGUGGAGGCAACAGCAAUUCCAUCGCCAACAUGGUCACCUAUACCAUCAACCAGUACGGUGCCGACGCCAGCAAGGUAUUCGUCACCGGCACCAGCUCCGGUGCCAUGAUGACCAACGUCAUGGCAGCCACCUACCCGGAGAUGUUCGCCGCCGGCUCUGCCUACGCGGGCGUGGCUGCCGGGUGCUUUUACACGGGAACCGUUAAUGGUUGGAACUCGACCUGCUCUCAGGGCCAGUCCAUCCACACCCAGCAGGAGUGGGCCAACACUGUCUACAACAUGUACCCGGGCUACACGGGCGCGCGCCCCAAGAUGCUCAUCCACCACGGCUCCGCCGACACCACCAUCUACCCGCAGAACUUCAACGAGACCAUGAAACAGUGGGCCGGCGUCUUCGGUUACACGUACGGCCAGCCCCAGCAGACCAUCGCCAACAACCCCGCUUCCGGCUGGACCAAGUACGUCUACGGCCCCAACCUCGUUGGCAUCACUACUGCUGUUACCACCACCGCUGCUUCUACUACCACUCUUGCUACCUCUACCAAGACUUCGACUGCCCCCGCUACCACCAGCUCUGCUAGCAAUGGUGGGUGCACCAGCCAGCGCUGGGGCCAGUGCGGAGGUAUUGGAUGGACUGGCUGCAGUGCUUGCGUUAGCCCGUACACUUGCCAGAAGAUCAACGACUGGUACUCUCAGUGCUUGUAA